AUUGAUGAGGAGCAGGCUAUAGAGGAUUGGAGCACCUCUGAGGAAACCUCAAGGACCUUCAUUGAAGCACAAAACCUUGAAAUCCAGCAGAGUCACAAAGGAAAAAUAACCCAUCAGUGUGCUGAGUGUGGAAAGACGCUCACCACCACAUCAAACCUCAAAGUGCACCAAUGCAUUCACACUGGAGCAAAAUUAUACAAGUGUCCUGAGUGUGGGGGGACCUUCAGGUGGUCACUGCAGCUCAAAGAUCACGAGAGAAUUCACACCGGAGGAGAACCAUCUCAGGAUUCAGAUUGCAAGUUUCCAAAAUGCUCUUCAUGGGACACAGAAGAAACGUUUCAUCUUGGCCCAAGACUGGAGACUGAGUCAACACAAAGAGUUGCAGAUUCUGACUUGUUCAAAGCUCAACCACUAGCUCCUCAUCAAAUUUCUAGUUAUGUUAAGCGAGAAGAUAUUCCAGAUUUUCCUGACGGGGUUUCAGACAGUGGAAGGAAACAAGAAUCCUACAGCAUUAAGAAGGAGGAGUUCAUUGAUGUUAAAGACGAGGUCUCAGAAUUGGCGCUUACUGUUAAAAAAGAAAUGCUUACUCCAGUAUCCUCAUCAGAGACAUUUAUGGGCUUGGAUAUGUCAGAUCAUCAAGAAAUACACCAGAAAAUUCCAAAAGAAGAAAAAACACAUCUAUGCACUGGCUGUGGAAAGAGUUUCAUUUUGGAUGCAGGCCUUAGAUUCCAACAUACAGAACAAGUCCCUUACGAAUGUACAGACUGUGAGAAGACUUUCAAUCGGCAUCAUCAGGGAGAUCACGCACGGGACAAACCUUACCAAUGUAACGAGUGCGGAAAGAGUUUCAGAUUUGGUGCAGUCCUCAAAAAUCACCAGAGAAUUCAUAGCAGUGAGAAACCGUACCAAUGUAAUAAAUGUGGAAAGAGUUUCACACAGAGUACAAGCUUUAGUCGCCACACGAAACUUCACAAAGAGCAACCACCUUGCCAGUGUGAGCUGUGUGGGAAGACGUUCAGCCAGCGAAGAUAUCUUACAUAUCAUCAGAGAACCCACUCAGGAGAGAAAGCUUUCCAGUGUAAUGAAUGUGGGAAAAGUUUCAAACACAGUGCCAGCCUUAGAAUUCACAUGGCCAUUCACACAGAGGGCCAGCUAUGCCAAAGUGAGCCUUGUGGGAACACUUUCAGCCAUCAACGAUAUCUCGCACCCCAUCCAAGAACUAACACAGGGGAGAAAACUUACCAGUGUAAUGAAUGUGGGAAGAGUUUCUUACUGGGCACAGGACUUAGAAAUCAUAAGAGAACUCACACUGUAGAGAAACCUUACCAAUGUAAUGAAUGUGGGAAGAGUUUCAAACAGAAGGCAAACUGUUUCAUUCAUAUGAGAAUUCACACCGGAGAAAAGCCAUACCAGUGCACUGAAUGUGGGAAGAGCUUCAUGUGGCAUGCCCACUUUCGACUUCAUUUGAGAUACCACACAGGUGAAAAGGCGUACCAGUGCAGCGACUGUGGGAAGAGUUUCACACACAGGUCAAAUCUUAGCCAACACCAGAAGAUUCACAGUGGAGUUAAACCUUACCAGUGUGAGGAAUGUGGGAAGGCUUUCACUUACAACACAAACCUUUCCCAACACCGCAAAGUUCACACGGGAGAAAAACCUCACCAAUGUAACACAUGUGGGAAGAGCUUCAGGACGAUAUCAAACCUCAAACAGCACUCCACAUUCCACACAGGCCAAAAACCUUACCAAUGUAACGAAUGUGGAAAGAGUUUCUGGAGGAAAUCGUGUCUGAAAGAACACGCAGCAUUACACACGGGCGAAAAGCCCUUUCACACUGGUGGAAAACGUUUACCGUGUAAUGAAUGUGGAAAGCAAUUCACUAACCUGGAAAAUCUUCGGCGUCAUUGUAAAGCUCACCAAACAGAAAGACCUUACCAGUGUAACGAAUGUGAAAAGACAUUUAAACAACGCGGACACCUUUUGGUUCAUCAGAGGUCUCACACAGGCGAGAAGCCUCACCACUGCGCUGAAUGUGGAAAGAGUUUCACACAGCGUAUAAACCUCGUAAAUCAUCAGAGGAUUCACUCCGGUGAAAGACCUUUCCAGGGUGCAGAGUGAGUGAAGAGUUUCAAACAGGCCUCUGUCUGCUGAGAGCACCAGAAAAUGAAUGCACAACAGAAACGUUAUGAAUGU